CUCAUCCCGCCCCCGACGCCAUUUUCCAUGUUAUUCUGCCUGACCCAAAUAAUUCCGUAUUUUUAGGACGGCUAUUACUGUUAAUUGCGAUCAAUUUUGGACAACUACGUUAUCCCCCUUCUCCCUUUCGAGAAGAAGGGAGUUUAUCUCCAAGUUGGAACAGGAGUUUCUACCUAGAGGACAAUGUAUAUCAAACAGGUCAUCAUCCAGGGGUUCCGAAGUUACAGGGACCAAACGGUGGUAGAUCCCUUCAGUCCCAAACAUAAUGUCAUUGUUGGGAGAAAUGGAUCCGGGAAAAGUAACUUCUUCUACGCAAUUCAGUUUGUGCUCAGCGAUGAAUUCAGCCACCUUCGCCCAGAACAGCGAUUGGCCCUACUCCACGAGGGUACCGGUCCUCGCGUCAUCUCUGCUUUUGUGGAGAUCAUUUUUGACAACUCGGACAAUCGGCUACCGAUUGACAAAGAAGAAGUAUCCCUGCGCCGCGUCAUCGGCGCCAAGAAGGACCAGUACUUUCUGGACAAAAAGAUGGUCACUAAGAAUGACGUCAUGAACCUCCUGGAGAGUGCCGGCUUCUCCCGCAGUAACCCCUACUACAUCGUCAAGCAAGGAAAGAUCAACCAAAUGGCCACAGCUCCUGACUCUCAGCGCCUGAAGCUGCUCCGAGAGGUAGCUGGGACCAGAGUUUACGAUGAACGCAAAGAGGAGAGCAUCUCGCUCAUGAAAGAGACGGAGGGAAAGCGAGAGAAGAUUAAUGAGUUGCUGAAGUACAUCGAGGAGCGCCUGCACACCCUGGAGGACGAGAAGGAGGAGCUGGCUCAGUACCAGAAGUGGGACAAGAUGAGGAGAGCCCUGGAGUACACCAUCUACAACCAAGAGCUCAACGAGACUCGGGCCAAACUAGACGAGUUGUCCAGCAAGAGGGAGACGUGUGGAGACAAAUCUAGACAACUGCGGGACGCCCAGCAAGACGCACGGGACAAAGUGGAGGAGACGGAGCGCGUGGUGCGCGAGCUCAAGUCCAAGAUCUCCGCCAUGAGGGAGGAGCGGGAGCAGCUGGGGGCCGAGCGCCAGGAGCAGAUCAAGCAGAGGACCAAGCUGGAGCUGAAGACCAAGGACCUGCAGGACGAGGCAGCAGGCAACAGCGAGCAGAGGAAACGUCUGCUGAAGGAGCGCCAGAAGCUGCUGGAGAAGAUCGAGGAGAAGCAGAAGGAGCUGCAGGAGACGGAGCCCAAGUUCAACAUGGUGAAGGAGAAGGAAGAGCGGGGCAUUGCCAGACUGGCCCAGGCAACCCAAGAGAGGACAGACCUGUACGCCAAGCAGGGCCGCGGGAGCCAGUUCACCUCCAAGGAGGAGAGGGACAAGUGGAUCAAGAAGGAGCUCAAAUCCCUGGACCAGGCGAUCAACGACAAGAAGAGGCAGAUCACGGCCAUCCACAAAGACCUGGAGGACACGGAGACCAACAAGGAGAAGAAUCUGGAGCAGUACAACAAACUUGAUCAAGAUCUCAACGAGGUGAAGACCCGUGUGGAGGAACUGGACAAGAAGUACUACGAAGUGAAGAACAAGAAGGAUGAACUGCAGAGCGAAAGAAACUACCUGUGGCGCGAGGAGAACGCGGAGCAGCAGGCCCUGGCGGCAAAGCGUGAGGAUCUGGAGAAGAAGCAGCAGCUCCUCAGAGCCGCUACUGGCAAGGCCAUCCUGAACGGCAUCGACAGCAUCAAUAAGGUCCUUGAGCACUUCCGUCGCAAGGGCAUCAACCAGCACGUCAUCACCGGUUACCAUGGCAUCGUCAUGAACAACUUUGAGUGUGAGCCGGCCUUCUACACCUGUGUUGAGGUCACCGCGGGUACCAGGUUGUUCUACCACAUUGUGGAGACGGACGAGGUCAGCACCAAGAUCCUGAUGGAGUUCAACAAGAUGAACCUGCCCGGAGAGGUGACCUUCCUGCCCCUCACCAAGCUGGACGUCAGGGACACCGCCUAUCCUGAGACCAACGAUGCCAUCCCUAUGAUCAGCAAGCUGCGCUACAGCACCCCUUAUGACAAGGCCUUCAAGCACGUGUUUGGAAAGACCCUGAUCUGCCGCAGCAUGGAGGUGUCCACCCAGCUGGCCAGGGCCUUCACCAUGGACUGCAUCACUCUGGAGGGCGACCAGGUGAGCCAUCGCGGGGCUCUGACAGGCGGAUACUACGACACCAGGAAGUCCCGCCUGGAGCUGCAGAAGGACAUGAGGAAGGCGGAGGAGGAGCUGGGCGAGCUGGAGGCCAAGCUGAACGAGAACUUGCGCAGGAACAUCGAACGUAUCAACAACGAGAUCGACCAGCUGAUGAACCAGAUGCAGCAGAUCGAGACCCAGCAGAGAAAGUUCAAGGCGUCCCGGGACAGCAUCCUGUCAGAGAUGAAAAUGCUCAAGGAGAAGAGGCAACAGUCCGAGAAGACCUACAUGCCCAAGCAACGCAGUCUCCAGAGUCUGGAGGCCAGCCUGCACGCCAUGGAGUCCACCCGGGAGUCCCUGAAGGCCGAGCUGGGGACAGACCUGCUCUCCCAGCUCACCCUGGAGGACCAGCGGCGUGUGGACGACCUGAACGACGAGAUCCGACAGCUUCAGCAGGACAACAGGCAGCUGCUCAAUGAGAGGAUUAAGCUGGAGGGAAUCAUGACCCGGGUGGAGACCUACCUCAACGAGAACUUGAGGAAACGUCUGGACCAAGUGGAGCAGGAGCUGAACGAGCUGCGUGAAACCGAGGGAGGGACGGUCCUCACGGCCACCACCUCUGAGCUUGACGGCAUCAACAAACGCGUCAAAGACACCCUGGCCCGGUCCGAAGAUCUGGAUGUUUUGGUGGACAAGAAUGAGGUGGAGAUCAAGGACCACCUGAAGAACAUGGACCGCUGGAAGAGCGUCGAGAAGGAGCAGAACGACGCCAUCAACCACGACACCAAGGAGCUGGAGAAGAUGACCAAUCGACAGGGCAUGCUGCUGAAGAAGAAGGAGGAGUGCAUGAAGAAGAUCCGCGAGCUGGGAUCACUGCCCCAGGAGGCCUUCGAGAAAUACCAGACCCUCACACUGAAACAGCUGUUCCGGAAGCUGGAGCAGUGCAACACGGAGCUGAAGAAGUACAGCCACGUCAACAAGAAGGCCCUGGACCAGUUCGUCAACUUCUCGGAGCAGAAGGAGAAGCUGAUCAAGCGGCAGGAGGAGCUCGACCGGGGCCACAAGUCCAUCAUGGAGCUCAUGAACGUGCUGGAGCUGCGCAAAUACGAGGCCAUCCAGCUCACCUUCAAGCAGGUGUCCAAGAACUUCAGCGAGGUGUUCCAGAGGCUGGUGCCGGGGGGCAAGGCCACCCUGGUGAUGAAGAAGGGCGACGCCGAGGGCAGCCAGUCGCAGGACGAGAGCGAGGGCGGGGCCGACGGCGAGAAGGGCUCCGGCUCCCAGAGCAGCGUGCCCUCCGUCGACCACUUCACCGGCGUCGGCAUCAGGGUGUCCUUCACAGGGAAGCAGGGGGAGAUGAGGGAGAUGCAGCAGCUGUCCGGAGGUCAGAAGUCCCUGGUGGCCCUGGCCCUCAUCUUCGCCAUCCAGAAGUGUGACCCCGCCCCCUUCUACCUGUUCGACGAGAUCGACCAGGCACUGGACGCCCAGCACAGGAAGGCCGUCUCAGACAUGAUCGUGACACUGGCCGGCCACGCCCAGUUCAUCACCACCACCUUCAGACCGGAGCUGCUGGAGUCGGCAGACAAGUUCUAUGGUGUCAAGUUCAGGAACAAGGUGAGUCACAUCGACGUCAUCUCGGCGGAGCAGGCCAAAGACUUUGUGGAGGACGACACCACCCACGGCUAACCGGACCACCUUAUCCUGGACCUGUGUUACCUGGCAACAAACCCCCCCCCC